AUGCGGGACAGGGGCCACUGGGACCAGCAGGCGGGGGCCUUUCCGCCGUUUGAGGAGAAGAACGACGGGCCCGUCAACCCCAUUAUCGUCGGCUGA